UCUUCAUUUUUGUUUUUCGCCAAAAGCAUGAGUCUGUUGCGCCCUGAGACGCUGCAGAUCGUGGCCCAGAGCCUCGGCCUGGACGAUAUCAGCGACGAGUGUGUACGUGAACUACUACCGGAGGUGGAGCUACGUGUGCGUCAGGUGGUUCAGGAUGCGCUCAAGUUCCAGCGGCACUCGCGACGACCCCAAUUGGACCCCACACAUGUCAAUCAGGCUCUGCAGGCGCGGAACCUGGAGAGUUUAUACGGCUUUUCAUCUCCUGGAACCGUCAAAUACAAGCCUUGCGAGGACAGCGAGACGCUAUUCUUCGCCGAGGAGGAGGAACUGGAGCUGAAUGAGCUGCUCAACGUCCCACUGGGCCAGAUCCCGUUACAACCUGUUCUAAAUCUCCAUUGGCUGGCGGUGGACGGCGUACAGCCGCUGAUCCCUGAGAACGAGUCGGUGGAGGACGACUCGACAUGCCACACAUCCAUUAAGGACGAAGCUUUUGUCAAUCAUGUGGACAGGAAGCCAAGGGUCAAGCACGUACUGACUGAAGAGAUGCAGCUGUACUAUACCAAGGUCACAGAGGCCGUUAAAAGCGACGACUUUGAGCUGCAACGCGCGGCGCUUACGAGUCUCGCUCAGGACCCAGGUAUUCAUCAGCUGCUGCCCUAUUUCUCACGGUUUAUCUACGAGGAGGUGAAGCACAGCAACCACGACCUGUCGCUGCUCUUCUCGCUCAUGCGAGCGUGUCGCUGUCUGCUCGUCAAUCAGAGUCUUCACGUGGAGCUUUACCUACACCAAUUGAUUCCUGCCAUUUUGACGUGCGUGCUCGGCACGCAGCUAUGUGAGAACCCUGCAGAUGACCACUGGGCGCUACGCAAGUACGCGGCCAAGUUGGUGGCUCAGAUCUGCGAACGUUAUGGUGAAAAGUACGCCAAUAUUCAGGCGCGUGUGUCCAAGACGUACCACAAGGCAAUCACGGAUCCUGUAUGUCCGUUCUCAACUCAAUACGGUGCCCUUCACGGUAUGAUUUGCGUGAUGCUUGGAGAACGAUUGUUUCCUUACCUCCUGCAAUGUUUUUUUCUUGCUGCUUAGGUAUGCUCUUCUUGGGCCCACUUGUGAUGGAGAGCUUGCUCUUUCCCAACUUGGAGAAAUACUACCGACGACUGGAGCCAGCACUGUUGUCGUCGAACCCCAAUCUUGUUCAAAGACUUGAGGCGCAGAACUGCCUUGGAAUCCUCGUGCACGCAUCAGGAACUUAUUUUUCAAUGUCCAAGUCAAUGGACCGCAGCGCUUCAUCAUCGUUGUCGUCGUCUGCAAUGGGUAAUAUUGUGGCCCUGCUUUUCGAAGCGUUCGGUGAGAGUCUGUUACCUUACAUUCGACCGGAGCAGAACGACAGUAUGCUCGAUAUGUGCCUCUAAUCCCUCGCCAAGUCGGUGAGUAACAGAAGAAAUGGAUGCUUCAGUUGUUGACAAUGUCUCGAGAUUUGGGAGCAAAUGGGUAUGUGAAUCAUGCUGCUUAGGUAUGCUAAGCGUUAUUUGUGUGUUUAAGAAGCUAAUCAAAUGACCAUUCUCCAAGCCUUAGUUGGAGUAAACCUUGUGGACACGACACACCUGAGCAGAGGUGGGGGUUACCGUUACUGGAGCUGACGUCGGUGCUGUUGUUGGAGCUGUUGUUGGAGCUGCAGUUGGAGUGGCUGCCGUGACCAAAUCCGGGUAGCUGGACGACUUGAUCUGCCUAUCCCAAGUGUAGAAGCCGAAGUAUUUUUCCAGCUCGAUCCCCAUGGUAUUGUCAUCAGGUCGACGAUCGAAGAACAUGAACCAGAAGACCUCCUGACCGCCACUCACAGGGCUCCAGUUCAAAAAGGCCUUGUAGAAGGAGAUCGAAUUAGCGAGACUCGGCACAUUGUAAGGUGCGAAGGAAGGUGGCGCUCCAGCAGUGGGGAAGCCAAUUUCCGUGAGACGAACUUUGUCGGACGGGUAGAUAUUCAACAUGUUGUUCCAGGCGCCAUUAAGCAUCGCCAGCGGGUUACUUACUGUGUACGAGGCAUCGAAGAACGGAUAGAUGUUGACUCCUACGAUAUCGCAACCUUCAGCUAGUGCCAGCAUAGUGGAGCGAAUACUAAUAGCCGUCCACUCGUUGUGUCGCUGGACUGUACCGAUGUUUACCGUACGUCCGGUCUCGCUUAGAAUUCGUGCACGUAAAGCAGUGAUCCGGUUUAAAACGUCGGUAGGUGAAUAUGGGCCAGCAGGAUAGAUGUUCUCAUUGCCAACUAGGAUCGCCUUGAUUGUAUCCGGAUAAUUCCUUACAGCAGCGAUAGCAGCAUUCACUUGGUCGUUGUACCAGCUCUCAUCGGUCAUAAAGACACCGAGGUAAAGCUGGACGUUGUGUUUCGCAGCAUAUGGCGUAAUGUCGUAGCCGUAGAAGCUGGAGUAGUAGGUGCGUACUACCUUGACGUAGUUUUUCAUGAUGUUAAAGUCAGUAUCCAUGGCAGAAUCGAGCCCCGCAGCACUACCUCCGUUCAACGGAUACUCCGAAUUGUGGA